GUCAAUAUUGAUAUGGACGAUAUAUUUCCAACAAGAAUGAGGAAAGAACGAACGACACGAACGACAUUCCCUCGUUAUUGCCUCAUAUCACCGUCAUGCAGCGCACCUUCCACGUUGACACGGACCAAAACCGCCAAGAAUCUCGAAAUCGAUAUUAGCCCAAUCAAGGAAUUACAAGCGACGGUCAAGCCAUCUUCGCCAAGCACUUUUGGCAACUUCCUCAGAUCGGCCAUCGUCAUAGAAGGCGACUGACAAUCUUGACGAAUAAUCUCGAAUUCUCCUCGACGUCGCUUCUGGAUGAUAUUGUUGUCGUCGAUAUAUCAAUAAUUGCCCCUCUCUACGAGGCUCAUGGUUUCCUUACGGCACGGCUAUCUCUAGCCGUAUCGUGGACCAUGCCUCGGCCGAUCUCCCAACGAGAAAUCGACCUCGAUCGCAAAAGUACUUUGGUGCUUGGGAUCCAACCUCGACCCCAGUGUUGAUAGAUUUCAUUGAAAUAUGCCUCAAAAGAUCCAAUUCGUGACCGGGUACCCCCAAAGUCAAAAGGAAAAAUCGGAAUCUCGCAAUUUAGUCAAAGCCAAUGCCUCGAGGAUCCGAUGGAGGCAGGGCGAUGUUCAUACUUCCAUCAGCACCACGCCUGUACAACCCCCCUCAAACCGACCUUUGGAUUUUGUCGGUGAGCUCGAUCUUCAAGGAGAGCCGUCACAGAGGAAACCAUCCACCGCUCUUCAACCCUCGCAAAACACCCCUACCCUAGAGAUUGGUCAAGAGUUUCUCUCGGCUCAUGAUCCAACCCGUUUACAGCCAGGGUCUGGGUUACCCGUUCCUGAGAUUCCCCGGCCUCUCAGCAUCUCUUUUUCUUAUGUUCAUCUCCCAUUACAAAGUCAAUCACCUUUGGCGAACCGCGGGACCGAUGUGAUUCUCGCUAAAGUGUACGAAGAUCUUCAUCAGAUGUUCCCAGCAGACUCUUCCGGCAGAAGUCACAUAGCAACAACGUGGUUCGAGACCAUUAUUGCCGAUCCUGGACUCCUUCAUGCCAGCUUGUAUGCUGCCUUGGUCCGAAACAAAGUAACCAAACACCUCCUUAUCGACCGAGAGGAGCUUAAAAUCGCCGUUUGCCAGUCCGAAAGUGUCCAAGCUAUCAAUUCCAGGUUGUCAGACCCCAAACCCGGCGUUGCCUGUGGUGACCUUAAUAUUCAAUCUGUUUUCAAUCUUGCAUUCAACUGCCUGCGGAGCCAGGACAGUGGCGCGGACAGCUCCUCGAGUCAAUCCCAAUUCACCCGUCCAGCUCAAGGCCCUCUCGGUUCAUUGAAAAUGAUUGAUGUUUACGGCGGUCGCAUUGAGACAAUGCCAGUACAUUGCCAUGGCCUAAACAGGAUGAUUUCUGUCCGUGGUGGACUUCACAAGCUCGAAUUGCCGGGACUGGCGUCACAGAUAUCUUAUAAUGAUCUGAUUGUAGCUUCCCGUCGGCUCGAGCGGCCCUCGCUGCAUUUCGUCGCUGGUCUCAAUUUCGACAUGGCUAUGUCGCUGUCAGCGCUCCGUCGAGUUGACCGCCCACUCCGUCAACUGGGCCACGGGUUUCGCAUUCUAAAAACGCUCCGUCCCGACACUUCAGACAGACUGUUAACAUGUCUCCACCAUCUCAGCCUAUAUACUCUUGGCAUGGAUGACUAUCUAGCCGUACGCCCCGAAGCGCAAUCACUGAUAGUCAUCGCGGAUCAACGAAAUUAUGUCCAACACAACCUCAUGACCAAAAUACCUAAUUCAAAAUCACCUGACACCCACGACAAUGAUGAAGAUCAUCUUCUUACCCUCUGCCAUCUAGCCGCCACCAUCUACAGUUUUCUCUGCAUCUUCCCAAUUCCCGCCGCUCCAUUUCAUUCCCUCGCAACACGAAUCAGAACGAUCCUUGGAUAUGCCAGAUUAGCUCGCGAAUUCGCUGAAGCGCCUGAACUUAUGCUGUGGAUCUCUAUCAUGGGAGCACUAGCGUCAAUCGGCAGUCCGACAGGAGAUCGUGCUUGGUUCGUCGCAGCUCUUGACCGUGGCUUCAGAAGGUUGAAGCUCGAGUCAUGGGACGAACUGCGCGCCCUCUUGUUGCGCUUUCUCUGGUUUCCCAGUACCAAUGAUUACGACGGUGGUGUCUUAUGGGAGGAAGUCGAGGCUUCCGAUCCAUUCGAUUUUGGACCGCCCAGCCAGAUCAGUGCUGGAGGUGUCGGCUGAGGAAAUUCGGUGUCUUGGUUUCAUUUUUAUUACAUCGAAAGACCUCUAUGGGUUAACUGAUCUCGUUCUCAGUGGACUGGAGCACACUCAUUGCUUCAAGACCAGGCACAAGCAAUACCCGUCACGGUUUCUGCUCCUCAAUGAGAUCACGAAGAGCCAUCCAAGCUCUAACUCUAUAAAUCAGGACCGUCAUGGAAAUAUCGUGCGGCCAUUGGCCUGCCACCCAUAUAUAAUUCCAGCAUGAUUGUGAGGAGUAAGGCAUGCUAUGUCCAAGGGGUAUGGACAAGAAAGAAAUAUCCGCAAUUGCUCGCUCGUUUAGUGAGACAAGGAGGAUGGCAGAGUAGAUGAGCUGCCCACGUGAGGGAAGCGUCCCAAUUAUAUAGCGAAGGAGAGGACGGUGCCGAUAACUCCUAUACCGUGUUGGCUGCAUCGUGGUAGUAGAGCCAGGCGCCAUGAUCGCAUCUGAUUAUGGAUUUGAAUGAAUGAAUGAACGAAC